GCCAUGUCUUCUGUUUGUUGAGCCGCUUCAGUGUGGAGAAGAGAGUCGGGUUAACGGGCUGCGCGCUGGGCUGGAAAUUAACUUCAGCAGACAAACCCCCGUCUGAACUUUGAUGAAAAUCAUUUAAAGCAGGCUCCUCCUCCUCUUGGCGUGUUCACAUGGAGGACGGCGGCAGACACUGACCCCAGAGGGAUGAAUAAAUCUUUCUUCAGGAUCUUCCAAAUCUCAUCCAGCUUUUGUAAAGCAGCCGCGCCCUUUUUUAACAACUUGUUCUCUAGCUAACAUCAGGACGGUGGUUCUUCUCUCGUAGUCAUGGCAAACAUGUGCCCCUAUGGCCGCUUCACGCACGCCGUGGUGCGGGGCAUCCCAGAAUCCUUUGGGAAGCCCGCGGGGGACGGCGGCAAGGAGAACGGGGAGGUCUCCGUGGACCUGGCCAAAGCCCAGCGUCAGUUCGGCUGCCUGACGGGGGCGCUGCGGCAGAAGGUCGGCCUGCAGCUCAUCGAGAUCCCGGCCGACGGCGAGCUGCCGGAGAGCUGGAGGAUAGAGGACGUGGCGGUCAUCCAGGGAGACACGGCGCUCAUCACCAGGCCCUUCAAGCAGCAGAGGCGCAGCGAGGUGGAGGCAGUGAGGAGGGUGAUGUCGGAGCUCAACCUGACCGUGGUAGAGAUGGGGGCCGAGCAGGGGGGCUCCGGGGGGGCCACGCUCGAAGGCAGCGACGUCCUCUUCACCGGGAGGGAGUUCUUCGUCGGCAUCUCGUCCCACACCAACCACAGCGGGGCGGAGGUGCUGGCAGACACGUUCAGGGACUUUGCUGUGUCCACGGUCCCCGUGUGCGGCGGCUCCCGCCUGAAGAACAUCUGCUCCAUGGGGGGUCCGGACACCAUCGUCUUCAGCAGCACCGAGGGGGCUAAGAAGACCCUGAGGAUGAUGGAGCAGCUGACCGACCACCACUACGAGGUCCUCUCAGUUCCAGAGGAGUCUGCAGCCAACUGCAUCUACGUCAGAGGACCGUCCAAGAAGGACUUCCUGCUGCACAGACCCGUGGAGGAGUGUCCGGACAGCGUCUCCGCCUUCCAGAAGCUGCCGGACUACAGCCUCCUGCCGACGGCGUGCAGCGAGGCGUCCAAACUGGGCGCGUCUCUGUCCUCGCUGUGCCUCCUCAUCAACAGGAAGCACACCUACUUCUGAGGGUCCCGGUCCGGUCCACUGAUCACGUCUGACACCACAUAAGCUCGUCACUUUGUUCACAAGCUGGGAGGAUUUUGACCACUGAGGUUUUCUGCACUAAAACUACAGUUUUGCAUCAACGUUAGAAAACUUAGUCUCAUGUUUUGUACUUUAGAUGUUUAAAUCUUAAACCACUUCAAAUGUUGUAAAGUAUUGAAAUUAACCCAUUUUAUCCUCUUUGUUCGUCAAGAUCUACCCUAAAAAUCCACCUGUACCUCUCUGGACCCCAGAUGUGUAAUAAAACUGAGUCAAAGGGAA